UCCCCGUGACCUUUGACUUCCCAUAAUCUGCAUAGAGGAAUGACAGGCAUUCAGCAACAGGAACAGUCGUGAGCGGGGUUGCAGCCGGAGGAGGUGGACUUGCAAGCCAGGCUGUGAGCGGCAGAAGUUCCAGAAGUCUGAAAGUCAAACAGCCAGCCCCGGGAAAAGGUGAAAUGAACCCUUGGAAAUGCAUGUGGCGGAGAAUACGUGACCGCAGGAGCAAGAGAGCCGCAUGAUUGCUGGACCCCGGCCCCUCUUAAAAGUUAAGAAAUGGGCCAGACCUCAGUCUCCUCUCUGUCUGAGCAAGCCAGCGUUGAUGGAUUGGACAAGGCUUCAAUUGCAAAUUCUGAUGGGCCAACCCCAGGAUCCCAAACUCCUCCUUUCAAAAGAAAAGGCAAACUCUCUACCAUCGGCAAAAUCUUUAAACCUUGGAAAUGGCGGAAGAAGAAGGCUAGUGACAAAUUCAAAGAAACAUCUGCAGUGUUGGAAAGGAAGAUUUCAACAAGACAAAGCAGAGAGGAGUUGAUACGGAAGGGAGUUCUGAAGGAAAUGCCUGAGCAAGAUGGUGAUGUAACAGUAAAUUUUGAAACCUCAAAUGGGCACACCAUAACUAUCAGUGAAGAAACCAUACAGGAAGAAAAUGUAAUAAAGACCACAGAAAACAAUGGCUCCGUAUUAGCCAAAGCACCAGCUGCGGAAGGAAAAAAAGAAGAUAAAGAGAGCACUGUUAACUGUCCUGAAAAACCAGCAUCCCAUGCUCCACCACCGCCUAAGUCUAAGCCUAAACCUAAAAAAGCAUCGAUACCGCCAAAAAAUGUUACUGCCGCUGCCACCAGCCAUAAGAAUAAUGAAGCACCUCAUGUUAAAAAAAAAGUCAAGGCUCCUGCUAAGCAGCCCCCUGUCCCACCUCCCAAGCCAGCAGGUCACAAUGCAAAUCGAGAAGCUGCUAGUUCCUCUCAUGCAAAAAAAUUACCUGUCUCCAAGUCAUCUUCUUCACCAUCGCCAUCAUCCACAUCAUCUCAUCCGAAAGCCUCUAAGGAGACAACAUCUAGUAAAACAGGCACAUCAGGGACUUCCAGGGGCAAGAAAAAACCUGGGAAACAGUCAGCCCCACGAACCCGUGCAGAUGGGGAUGUUUCUUCCACCUCCAGUGCAGCACCAGACAAUUUGGAAACAAAGGUGGAGAACUCUCAGCCAGAGCAACCUCCCUUCAUCAUUUCUGAAUCUGAAGAUGCAGAGCAGCAGAGCAAGUCAGUUAUCCCUCCUCCUCCUACUGUUCCUCCUCCACCACCACCACCACUACCUUCCUCUCCUUCCGCCAGCCAGUCCACUGAUGCCUCAAAAACACCCAGUGCACCCAUUAGCACCGAAACAGGCCUGUCUGUCCCAGGCUCAGAUUCUAAUCCUCUUCUCCAGACCGAACAUGAAGCAGACAAUGAAAACCUUAGCAGUGAAGUGCUAGACAAUAGCUUGGAUAGGAGUGAAGAAAACACAACAUGUUCAGUUACCAAAGAAGACCCAGAAGAGGAGACUCCUAAUUUAACAAGUCCUCAACCAACAGAAGAACCUCUUGAGCCUAUAGCCAGUCCUGAACAUGAGAGCAGCAAAGAGAGCCACACCAGUGAUUCUGAUUCAGAUGGGCCAAUACUCUACACUGAUGAUGACGACGAUGAUGACGACGAUAACACAAGUGCUGAAAGCGCUUUGGCAAGUAAAAUCCGUCGUAGAGAUACUCUUGCUAUCAAACUUGGCAACAGACCAUCUAAAAAAGAAUUGGAAGACAAAAACAUCUUGCAGCGUACUUCUGAGGAGGAGAGGCAGGAAAUCAGACAUCAAAUUGGAACGAAGCUAGUGAGGAGACUUAGCCAGAGGCCCACAACUGAAGAGCUAGAGCAGAGAAACAUCCUGAAACAAAAGAAUGAAGAAGAAGAACAGGAAGCCAGGAGGGAAUUAAAACGCAGACUCAGCAGAAAGCUCAGUCUGAGGCCUACCGUGGCUGAACUGCAGGCAAGAAGAAUCCUACGCUUCAAUGAGUAUGUGGGGGUAACAGAGUCCCCGGAUUAUGAUCGCCGAGCAGACAAGCCUUGGGCGCGGUUAACUCCUGCAGACAAGGCAGCAAUACGGAAAGAACUGAAUGAAUUUAAAAGCACAGAAAUGGAAGUACAUGAGGAAAGUCGACAGUUUACAAGGUUUCAUCGCCCAUAAUUGUUUGACAGUAUCCUAUAUUUCACACACCAGUUUCCUUCAGGGAAAUCAUUGCAUCGUGAAGACCUGAGAUUGCACUGCAACUUGAAAAAGUGUGAGUGUGUGUUGCAGCUUACCCAGAUGUUAAUGAAAAAUGUGGCCCUCAUCUUUAUUAGAGAACAAGAGAUUGGACUGGGAACAGAACCCAGGGAAAGUGGGGGGUAGCAUUCCAUUUUAACUAAACCAUGUGUUGAUGGUAAGAGAGAUCGUGGUUCUGUGACUAGUUCACACAGAUACAUUGAUAUUUUUGUCAUCAAAGCUUGACCAGAGAAGAUGAGCUGAAGACAAUCGUUUGACAGCCUGUGGCCAAGAACUUAUCAGAAUUUACAUCAUGGUGACUGAGGGUAAUUGUGGGGACAAUGGGAACAUACAGAGAGAGGAAAAAAGAGACUUCACCUGUCAGCUUACAGAAAAAAAGAACAAACAGAUAGCAAGUUCUUUAUGAAACUGGUUUAAUUAUAUAUUUGGAUGGUAGGAGGAAAAGCAUUGUAAAUCUGGGCAUUUGAACAACUGUGUGUGUGUUUUCUAGAGACCUCAGCCUGUCGUAUAAGACAGUAAACCACCAUGUCCUCAUUUCAUCAGUACUUUAGUGAAGUACAGUAAUUUUCGUGGUGCCAGUGAACCCCGUUGCCAGAAAAUAUUCUUAUUAUAAUUCAGAUGUAUUUUUAAAAAUUCUGACAAGCAUGCUUAAAGAAAAUAUAUUGAGUAUUCAUAUAACACAGCUAAAUAUACUCGGUGUUUUUUUAAAUACAAUUGCACCUUGAAUUCUCCAUGAUUAUCCAUCAGAAUUACCAAGUAGAUUUUAAAGGACAUAUAGCAAGACACUGUGAGUGCAAUGAAAGGAUUCAGGUUUUGAAAUAUUCAUCUUUUGUCUGUCACUCAUGUUGUUGUUAAAGUAGUGGCACCAAUGUCGCUCUGAACUAUGGCAGACGGUAUUGACAAUCGUGCCAUUCUAAUUUGAAUCCAAAAUUAGUACUGAAAUCGGCCAUGAAUUUGCAUAUAAGUAGGUUUGGGAAGUGUUUUACAAUGUGACGUUACCUUUAAGAGCUACAUUAGAUGGAUGCCUUGGAUUGCUUCUAGAAGGAAUUAACAUGUGGAUCAAUACAUCUUCAUCAAGGGCCUUGUAAAAGCUACAGAAAAUCCUUAGCGUCUAUAGCCUGUUUUUGUUGUAUGCGAAGAAUACUUAUUAACUCAGUAACUUCUGAAAGUGUAUUUGUGAAUACAGUAAUAUUACAAUUAAAUGGUAUGGAGCGUGAAAGGCAAUAUGUGCUUUUGUUACGUUAGCCCCAAGGCCUAUUACAAGCCUUUGUCAUUGUUUACACUAAAAAAUUCUCUGUCUUAUAUUGGCACUUAUUUAUCUUUUGAUUUAUAUACACAAUAAAUUUUCUGGACCUGGAGUACACAUAAACAUACAUGUAAUACAGUAUUACGGUAUAUAUACUAUUUAUCCUUUUUUAUGUGUGUACAUAAUUACAAUUUAUUUUUGUCUUUUAUGUUUAGUUUUUAAUUAUGAAAACUAAAUAUUUUUUUCCAGGCAAUAAAAGGUCUGUGUAUAGUGAUUUUUACCUCAGAAUUUGCAAUAGAUUCAUGUGGAGUGUUUUUAAUUUAUAAAAUGAAAGAUUGUCAUUUUAGAUGUUAGCCUAAAGGCAGAAUGCAAUUUAGUUGUUAAAAUUAGAUCUCACUCUUUACUAUUUACAAGACCAGGUUUGCGUAAAUGGGAUGGAUUAUUUUUGUAAAGGGCAUUCAAGCAAUAGCAGGGUGCUUUUCAUGAGCUGGCUUUCUGUUUAUUUUUGAAUAAAUCGAUUCAAACGUUUUAAGAAAUAGGUUGAUAGGACCUUUAGAAACACUUUAAUUUUGGUAAAAAUCCUAUAAAAUGCAGAGUAAGAACCCCAAAAUAUCAAUAAUUACUGAAACAGCCAACUACAAGCUUGUAUCAAAUAAAAAUAACCAGCAUUGUUCCACCUCUUACUGGAAUCAAUUAGGUGUAUUAAAAAUAGAAUUAGUAUGGAAUAAUUUGGCUUCUGCAAUGCCAUUAUUUUGUAACUAUAGAGCAGCAUUUUUACAUCAAGGAAGCAAUGAAGAUGUAUACCACUCUAAAUCAUAUAUAAAUGUGCGUGUCGCUAGAAUUAUAGUUGUGAGAGUAUUCCGAAUAAAAUCCCUUGUUUUCAGGGUUUAAAUCCCAGCCAUAAAAAUGUAGCUUGGAUUAAAGCUUGGCAAAACAAUUCUUUUCCUGAGACUGUUUUUGUUCGUUUGUUGCCAAAUGUAGAAGAAAGUGUGGAAUGUGUAACAAUAUAGAAAUUUUCUAUUUUGACAAUGAAGCAUUUAAGUUUUUCUUUAUAAAAAAAAAAGUAAAUGGGACAACUGACAGUCCUUAAUAUAUUAUAGUCACUUCGAUAGUUUUAAAAAAAUAACCAAAAAUUUUAUAAUUGGAAAAGAGGCUAUGACAUCUGCCCUGUAUUAAUUUUCACAAAUGUAUUGCCUGAUCCUGCAAAAUGUAUGCAGGAUAAUAGUCCCAGUGAUAUCACUGUGUGUAUAAUGACUUCCCAUGUAAAUUAAAGCCAGCAGGACUAGGAAUUUUAGAGCCCCUUUCUACUCCAAUUGAAAUCAAUGCUGGGUUUUGCCUUGGAGAACAUAUGCCAUUCUAUACAUUUGACAACUAAUAGGAUCUACCGUGGCCGCCUCUGUUAAAAAUAAGAUAUACUGUGGCCCUAAUACAAUAAAGCACUUACAUGCUGAACAUGAGACAAGGAAAGUUGACCUUGGUAAGACUUAUCCACACACUUAAAUGCUUUGCUAAAUUAGAACUUAGAAGUAAUUUAUGCAUAAUAUACAUACACACAUGUUUAAUCCUGUACAUGUAUUUUAUAUAUUGUAAAUUUCAAUGGGUUUGGUGGACAAAAGCUGUAAAGUAUUGACCAAGUGAUAGACAAGUUAAUGAAAUUGUGAUACAUUGCAGUGCUUGAUGAGGUAAGUUUGCCUUUUCGUGCUGAGCUGCACCGCUUCAAGUCGCCGAUAUGUCUCUUGUUCCUUUGUAUUAGUUCCUUCAGAGCCUUUUUUCAAAUUGCUGUAGUGAAAAGGAAUACGGUACAUAUCUAAGCCCUUGCAACUCAACAGGAAAUAAUCAAAACUACUGUAACAUGAGCCUUAGAGAAGGAAAAACUGACUGGGGAUAGUCAACAUGGCAGU